AUGAGGAAGCUAAUUCUUGCAAUCAUAAACGGUACAGGCACCCUCCCACUGGGAGAAACGGACCAUCCUGAGCGCCUAAUCAUUUCGAAUGAUGUGUUUCGACAGGUUCAAUUACCCAAGUUUGAGGUACUACCAAUUAAAGAGGUAGAAGGGACCCUCGGUUUUGUCACGGUUGAAGAAAAUCGGCGACAGUUUGGGAUGGAUUAUCAAGUGAAUGAAAUGUCACUUGCAAAUGGCGUAACUGAAAUGCCUAUUGUUUUCAACGGGACUUUGCAAUGGAACUGUGAGUUGGCAAAUGAAACGGGUGGUAAUCCUAUGAAGUGA